GUGAGCGGUCCUCUGCUGUCAUUGCCAAAGACCCCUUAUAACAUCCAAACAUAAAAAAAAACGGGAUUUCUUUUGUUUUGAGAAGCUGUCAUUCAUAGAGCUCUCGUCUUCAGCUGGCCAGCGCUGUGAUCAGCAGGAUGAGUGCAGACGGAGGCGGGCGGCCGGUGAAGGUGGGCUCUCAGGUGGAGGUCAUCGGGAAAGGUCAGCGCGGGAGCGUGGCGUAUAUCGGCGCCACCCUGUUCGCCUCGGGGAAGUGGGUCGGAGUGAUCCUGGACGAGCCCAAGGGGAAGAACGACGGCACGGUGCAGGGAAAGCGCUACUUCACCUGCGAGGAGAACCACGGCAUAUUCGUCAGACAGUCUCAGAUCCAGCUGAUAGAUGAAGGAGGGAGCUCUGCCACGUCUCCAGACACCCCCGACUCCAGCGGACCCAAGCUGCUCAGGAGAGAUGUCCAGGAGACUCCCAAAGCUGUUAAGCAGACUCCAACAGCAAAGAAGGCCGGUCGUCCCUCUGUUGGAGGUUCAUCACUUUCUGAAUCUGUGUUAGUAGAGAAUGAGUCCUCAUCCUCUUCCCAGAAGGCACUGGGAGCUCCUGUCGUCCCACAGCCAAGCCCCGCCCCCAGCGGCCCGCCUCUUGCGACCCCUAGCAAGGAGGAGGAGAGUCUCCGAGCUCAAGUCCGGGAUCUGGAGGAGAAGCUGGAGACGCUGCGGAUGAAGCGCUCGGAGGAUAAAGCCAAGCUUAAGGAGAUGGAGAAGCACAAGAUCCAGCUGGAGCAGCUGCAGGAGUGGAGGAGCAAGAUGCAGGAGCAGCAGAACGAGCUGCAGAGACAGCUGAAGGAGGCCAAGAAGGAGGCGCGUGAGGCUCUGGAGGCUAAGGACCGCUACAUGGAGGAGAUGGCGGACACCGCGGACGCUAUCGAGAUGGCCACGCUGGACAAGGAGAUGGCGGAGGAGCGGGCCGAGUCCCUGCAGCAGGAGCUGGAGAGCCUGAAGGAGAAGGUGGAGGAGCUCACCAUGGACCUGGAGAUCCUCAAGCACGAGAUACAGGAGAAGGGCUCCGAUGGCGCGGCGUCCAGUUAUCAGCUGAAGCAGCUGGAGGAGCAGAACGGGCGUCUGAAGGAGGCGCUGGUCAGGAUGAGGGAUCUGUCCUCCUCAGAGAAGCAGGAGCACCUGAAGCUGCAGAAGCAGAUGGAGAAGAAGAACUCGGAGCUGGAGACGCUGAGAGCGCAGAAGGAGAAGCUGCAGGAGCAGAUGAAGGAGGCCGAGGCCACAGUCGACGAGCUCAAGGAACAGGUGGACGCUGCUUUGGGUGCGGAGGAGAUGGUGGAGACACUGACGGAGAGAAACUUGGACCUGGAAGAGAAAGUGCGUGAGCUGAGAGAGACCGUCAGUGACCUGGAGUCGAUCAACGAGAUGAACGACGAGCUGCAGGAGAACGCGCGCGAGACGGAGCUGGAGCUGCGGGAGCAUCUGGAUCUGGCCGGAGCGCGCGUGCGAGAGGCGCAGAGGAGAGUCGAGGCGUGCCAGGAGACCGUGGCCGACUACCAGCACACCAUCAGCAAAUACCGGGAGCUCACCACUCACCUGCAGGAAGUGAACCGAGAGUUGACCAAUCAGCAGAGCAGCUCAGCUGAGCUUCAGCAGCCGGCGGCAGAACUCUUCGACUUCAAGAUCAAGUUCGCAGAGACCAAAGCUUACGCCAAGGCCAUCGAGAUGGAGCUGCGUAAGAUGGAGGUGAACCAAGCGAACCGCCAGGUGUCUCUGCUGACGUCCUUCAUGCCGGAGUCGUUCCUGAGGCACGGAGGAGACCACGACUGCAUCCUGGUGUUGCUCCUGAUCCCCAGACUCAUCUGCAAGGCGGAGCUGAUCAGCAAGCAGGCGCAGGAGAAGUUCGAUCUGACCGGCUCUGUGGAGCGAUCUGGACUCCGUGGCGCCGCUGGAGAACAGCUGAGCUUUGCCUCGGGUCUGGUUUAUUCCCUGACGCUGCUUCAGGCCACGCUGCAUAAAUACGAGCUCGCUCUGAGCCAGUGCGGCGUGGAGGUGUACAAGCGCAUGGGCACGCUGUACUCGGAGAUGAGCGUUCACGAGCGCUCGCUGGACUUCCUCAUAGACCUGCUGCAUAAGGACCAGCUGGAUGAGACCGUGCUGGUGGAGCCGCUCACCAAAGCCAUCAGAUUCUACCAGCAACUGUACAGCGUUCACCUGUCCGAACAGCCCGAGGACUGCAGCACACAGCUGGCCGACCACAUCAAGUUCACCCAGAGCGCGCUGGACUGCGUGGGGUCAGAGGUCGGGCGUCUGCGGGCCUUCCUGCAGCCGGGACAGGAAGGGGCGGGGCUUACGGUGCUCCUGAAGGACCUGAACACUUCCUGCGGGGACAUUCGCCAGUUCUGCAAGAAGAUCCGCCGGCGGAUGCCUGGAACCGACGCACCUGGGAUCCCUGCCGCGCUUACCUUCCAGCCUCAGGUGUGCGAGGCGCUGUCGGACUGCCGGAAGCACCUGACCCGUGUGGUGGCCGUCCUGCAGGAGGUGGCGGCGGCCGGGGCUCAGAUGAUCGCGCCGAUGCCCGAGCCCGAGGGACUGGCGGCUCUCACACUGGAGGACGUGACGUUUAAAGCGGUGGAGCAGGUCUACGGCUCUCACGGACUCGAUGCGUACGAGUGUUUACGCCAGUCCUGCAGCGCCGUCAUCGCCACCAUGAACAAGAUGGCCACCGCCAUGCAGGAGGGAGAGUACGACGCCGAGAGACCGCAGCGCCCGCGUCCUCCGGUGGAGAUGCGUGCGGCCGCGGUGAGAGCCGAGAUGACGGACGCCGAGGGUUUGGGAAAUAAACUGGAGGAUCGAGAGACCGUCAUCAAAGAGCUGAAAAAAUCCCUCAAAAUCAAGGGCGAGGAGUUGAGCGAGGCCAGCGUUCGUCUGAGUUUGCUGGAGAAGAAGCUGGACACGUCAACGAAAGACGCCGACGAGCGAGUGGAGAAGAUCCAGACCAAACUGGACGAGGCGCUCGGCCUGCUGAAGAAGAAGGAGAAGGAGUUUGAGGAGACGAUGGACGCGCUGCAGGCGGACAUCGAUCAGCUGGAGUCAGAGAAGGCGGAGCUAAAGCAGAGGAUCAGCAGCCAAUCACGAGCUGGCGAAGGCUUGCGUGGGCCGCCGGCGUCUGGCAUCGCCUCCAUCGUCACUGGAUCCGGCCCAGGGGGCGUGUCUCCUGCUGUGGGCGGAGUCUCGGGUGCGGUUCAGGUCGUGGACUCUCCUCUCCUCAAACAGCAGAUCGACGUGCAGCGGCUCGCCAUCAAGCAGCUGAAGAGCGAGAACUACAGACUGAAGGCUGAGAAGAUGCGUGUGCAGCUGUCGGCGCUGCCGCCGCUGACGGUGCCGAACAUGACGGGAGUGAUGGGAGCGGCGGGAGAGGGAGCUUCGUCAGGGUCUCUGUGCCGCCGCACAGAUCUGAUGCUGGUGAACCUGCUGAAGAUGAGCGCCGGACUCAAAGUGGUGGACAUCAGCGGCAAGAGCUCAGCGAGUGCGAGCGCUCAGUUGCUGGAACAGACGGCCAGACUGAAUUCUGUCAGCGAAGCGCUGGAUAAGCUGAAGGCUGAGGUGUCGCAGCACGUGGUGUCUCAGCGGCCCGGAGCGCGUGUGCCGUCAGACUUCGCCACCUUCCCGUCACCCUCGUUCGUCAAGGCGAAAGAGGAGCAGAAGAGCGGAUCGCUGCUGGUGGGGAAGGUGAUGAUCCCCUGCGCUCGCGGUCAGGAGCAAACACACUCCCUCGUGCUGUCUCAGCAUCAGCUGCAGUGUGUGCACCGGCUCCUCAUGACAUGAGCACACACACACACACACACACACACACACACACACACACACACACACACACACACACACACACACACACACACUCCC